UAGUAGAAGAAUGGAUUUAAGUACUGCGAAAGAUAGCAGAAUUCCUUUUAUACCAGGAACAAAGCCUUCGAUAAAAAAUUCACAACUACUUAUAUCAUCUGGAAUUCCUUCCUUAGAUCAUUUAAUAGGUGGAGGAUUACCCCUUGGUUCUCUGUUCCUUAUUGAGGAAGAUCAAUAUGGUACAUACGCAAGAAUUAUGUUACAGUACUUUAUGGCUGAAAGCGUGGUUACAGCUCAACCAUUAUUAAUUGGUUCUAAAGAUAUUGAAACAUCACAGUUUAUAUCAGAAAUGCCAGCUGUUAUAACAGAUACUGCAUCAAUCGAUCAAUCUUCCAGUUCUGAUGAACAAAUGCAAAUUGCUUGGAGGUAUCAAAAUAUGAAAGUAGUCGAUACUUCCCCAAUUGGAGGACAAGAUUUUGCUCAUUUAUAUGAUCUUACAAAAACAAUGGAAAAAGAAGUAAUUGAAAAAGCAGAUAUAAUACAGUGGUAUGAUGAUAGUUGUCCAGAAAAAGACACUGUUUUUAACAAUAUGACAUAUUCAAGCUUAUUAAAAUGCAUUCAAGAAACUCUGAAGCAGGGACAAUACUCGGUUUCAGAAAUGCCUACAAAAAGACAAGUUCUAAGAAUUGCAAUCCAUUCCUUAGGAUCAACAUUAUGGUGCAGCGAUUCUGAAGUUGAGUCACAUCAAGACUUGUUAAAAUUUUUAUAUUACUUACGAGCACUUUUAAGAUAUUCUUAUGCAGUUGGAGUGAUUACAGUACCUGUAGAAUGUUUCAAUAAUUCUGAUGCUAUUGUGCAGCAAAUCGAGCACUUAUCAGAUAUUGCAAUUAAAUUAGAAUCAUUUGCAGGCUCACAAAAAGAAACAAAUCCAUUAUUUAAGGACUAUCAUGGUUUGUUCCACCUUCAAAAAAUGCUUGCUUUAAAUACCAUAGCACCUCAUAAUCCAGAUUCUCGAGAUCUUGUAUUUAAAUUACGUCGUAAAAGAUUUAUUAUCGAGGUUUUACAUCUGCCACCUGAAUUUGAAGACACUACACAACGAGAACAAGAUGAAACCGUACCUCAAUUUGGGUGUUCUGAUCAAUCUCAUAAGAAUUUGAUAGAUUUUUGA